AACGGUAUCUGUAUACCUUGUCUGCAUAAGCACCGGCCGGCGACUGAUACACUUAUUCAAAUUUCAAGCCUCACAAGGCGGCCGCAGUUCGUGUUGAACGGUUGAAGUGCAAGCGUCGCGCAUAUUGGUGUAGUACCCGUUAGUACCUAUAGGCUGUAGAUAUAUAGAUUGUACAAAGUAAGUGCGUUUAACCGAUUUGAACGAAGAAAUUAAAAAAUGACUGAGGGCUCGAGCGCUGUCGAAAUUCUGUGCAAUGGUGUGGACAAAUGUUCAGUACAAACUAGAGAUUUGAAUAACAAGAGAACAGAUUUUUUGGAUUGGGAUGAUUACUUUAUGUCUGUGGCUUUUCUUGCCUCUAUGCGCAGUAAAGAUCCUUGUACACAAGUAGGAGCUUGUAUUGUUAAUGAAGAUAAGAAGAUUGUUGGUGUUGGCUACAACGGAAUGCCAAUUGGUUGCAAUGAUGAUGAUUUUUCCUGGAAAAAGGCUCAUGAAAGUGAACUUGAUUCAAAGUUUCUUUAUGUUUGUCAUGCUGAACUUAAUGCAAUUUUGAAUAAGAACUCUGAAAAUGUUAAGAAUUGCACACUGUACGUGGGUUUAUUUCCAUGCAACGAGUGUGCUAAAGUUAUUAUCCAAUCUGGUAUCAAGAGAGUGUAUUAUAUGUCUGAUAAACACGCACAUAAAGUCAGAACUAAAGCUGCAAAGAGAAUGUUUGAUGCUGCUAAAGUGGAAUAUUGCCAAUAUAAACCCAAACAUGAAAAAAUAGUAAUAGAUUUUGGAGAGAUAAACUGGAAUGAUAUGACUCAAUUACCUCCAACGCCAGUAAAAUCAAGAUCAUAAACACAGGCUCACUGCAUAGUUUUUAUUAUGGCGCUAUCACAUAAUAUGAAGGUCAAUAACAAUCAAAAGUUUGAAGUCAACACAAGCAUAUUUCAUCUCUUAUUUUUAUACUUAAAAUUUUAUAUGCAUACCUACUACUUCAAACUUUUGAAUUUAUUAUUCAUAGACAAGAAAAUUGAGAAAUUAAUGAAUACUGAUAUUUUUGUCACAGUGUAACUAAUAUGCAUUUUAACCGAUAGCACCAAAGUAAAUCACAUUCUUUUUAAAUGCUAAUAAAACGGACGUAUUUAAAAUUUAAACGAAUGACUGAAAUCUACCUCACAUUAUAUAUAAAGCAUAAUAAUUUAUAGACUGUACAAAAUAAUCAAACACAUGAAUGUUAAAAA